UCGCAGUGGGAGUGCGAGCACUGCACUUUUAUCAACAAGCCUGGGACCAAGGUGUGCUCCGUGUGUUGUAAAACCUCGGACAAUCCACGGAUCCAAGGGCAGCCACAAAGCCCGGCACCCACCUCGGCCCUGUCCAGGAGGCUGAGCCAAUCCUCCUCGGACAGGGACCGCAGGGCCGCCGCUGCCGCGGCCUCCCGGCGCAGCUCGAUGUCGGAGCGCUCGUCGGCCAAGCAACAGGCCCAGCAGACGCAACAGGCCGCGCAGCUUGCUCGCCAGCGGGCUCAGCAGCAGGCGGCUCAGCAGAAGGCGGCGCAGCAGAGGGAGGUCCAGCAGAGGGAGGUCCAGCAGAGGGAGGUCCAGCAGAAGGCGGCCCUCCAGCAGGCGGCUCAGCAGAAGGCUGCUCAGCAGAAGGCGGCCCUGCAGCAGGCUGCUCAGCAGAAGGCGGCCAUGCCGCAGGUGGUUCAGCAGAAGGGGACUGCUCAGCAGAGGCUGGGCAACAAGCCAACCUCGCGAGCCCCGAGCAGUACCGGGGCGCAGACUACUUCCGACUACAGCGACGUGGACUUGGCGAAGGCGGGCAGGAAGAAAGGAGCAAAAUCGGAACCUCUGCCCAUGCCGGCAAGAAAUCAAAAACACCAGCAAGAGGAGGAGGACGAGGAGGAGGAGGACGAGGAGGUGGAUGAGGAUGAGCAAGUCGAGGACGAUGAGGAGGUUGAGGAGGAGGAGGAGGAGGCAUCUGAGGAGGAGGAGGAGGACGGGGAGGGAGAUGAGCACUGGGCGAAGGACAUAAACCAGGAUGAAGAAAUUAGCCAAGAAGAGGAGGAAGAGGGGGAGGAUGAGGAGGAGGAGGAGGAGGAGAAUGCAGUGCAGGCCGUCCCUCCGAAACGCAACACCCGAGCUAAAGCACAACCCCAGAAAGAGCCACCAAAGAACGCCAAAGCCAUGAAGCAGGCCCAGAACCAGGGAAUCCAAAAGACGACAUCCUCCGUGAAAACGCGACAGCAGCAGCCCCCGGCCGCGGCGGCUGUCGCCCGGACCAAACCAAGCGCCCAACUGCAGGCGGGUGCAGCUGCGGCCAACACGACGCCGGCCUCGACCGCCAAGGCGAGCAAAGCCGCCAAGGUGUCCACCGGCGUGGGGCCGUCGCCUCCUCGGGAGCUCCCAGCCAAGGCGGACAAGGAGGACAAGGACCACAACCAGGGCAGAGAGACCGUGGCGGCCAACAGGAGCAGGGGGGCCAGGCCGGGCAGGACGAUGACGUCGCAGGGCACCUCGCCGCCGCCUCAGAACAUGUCCACUCAGACGUACGAGGCUCUGGCGCCGCCCAGCUCGGUGUCCUCGGAGCACGGCGACGAGGAGGUGGUGGCGCCGCCGCGCGCCUCCCCGCGGCCGCGCGCCAGCUCCCGCCUGUCGUACAGCGGGGCGAGCACGGGCGGCGGCAGCGUGGCGCGCUACCAAGCCCGCCGCGACUUCCGCCGCGACCCCCGCCGCCUGCGGAGGGCGCAGUCCGUGGGGCUCACGGGCGACGAGCUGCAGUGGGCGCAGCUGCAGCGCUCGCUCUCCAGGCAGUCGCUCAACAGCGACUCGCAGAGUCUGCCCAUGUCCCCGCGGGAGCUGAGCCCGGCGCGCAGCUACGCGGGCGGGCUGAGCAGCGCCGGCCGCUACCUGGACGACGACAUCGCCUACCCGUCGCCCGUCAGGCCCGCCAGGGACGCGCACCGCUGGGACCGGAGGCCUUCGAAUCCGGACUACGGCGGCUCGGCAUUCCAACGGCCCCUGGAGCGAGCGCUGGAGAGGAGCAGGCGGAGCAUCAGCAGGGCGGGGUCGCAGCCGCCGGACUACUUCCACACCAUCGAGGACCUGAUGCACAUCCAGUCGCGGACCGAGUCCAUGAAGACGCAGGGUCUGGAGCUGGUGCGCCUGCUCAGGGAGGCGGAGGUGCUGGGCUUCACGGCGGAGGACCUGCAGGCGGCGCUGGCGCACUGCGGCGACCGCUCGCCCAUCGCCUGGCUGCAGGAGAACUGGCGCAACAUGAUGGACACGGUCGUCACCCUGGCCACCAACUACGGCCACGAGCGCCGCGAGAACACCGUGGGCACCAUCUCGGUGGAGGAGGCGCGCGAGGCCCUGCGCACGCACAAGGGCAACGUGUGGGCGUCCGUCACCGAGUGCGUCGAGCAGCGCCAGAAGAAGUACGCCGAGUUGCUGUCGCGAGGAAAUUUCACGCGCGAGGACAUCGUCACCUCGCUGACGGCGAACCACGGCAACCUAGAGGCCGCCUACGUGGAGCUGAGCAAGACGCAGCUGAAGCCCUUCCUCAUGCGUAUCUGGGGGCCACCGUCGGUUGGGACGGAGAACGAGGCCGGCAACACGGGCGUGCUGGAGGUCGGCGUCGAGGCCGCGAGGGCGGCCACGGUGGCCAUGCCGACGGCGGCCCCCGUGGCACCUGCAGGCAUCGUCUCCAGAGCAGCCGGAAGUCGCAAGAGCAGCCUGCUCUCCGCUUCGCAGGACGUAGACGAAGACGACAGCAUCGGGGACUUUGUAGACGCUCGUUCGGAUCUGGAGCUUGACGUGGGAGUAGCGGUAAGUCCACGGCCGGAAGACGGGGUAGCCGCUGUCGACAGCAGCGAGCUUGUGGCAGGCGUCCAGGUCCAGGUACACCCUAAACGGGACGAUCAGGGCGUCGCGCUCGUGUCGCCGAUGAAGGUCGCGACCCCGCAAACGCCUCAGCAAGGGGCUGAGUUGGGUCAGCAGCAGGCUGAGGCGCCCACCGGCGCACCACCAAAACCUCAAGAAUUCCCCAAGUCUGUCCUGAGCUCUCAAACAAGCCAACCUUUUGCCCUCAGUGGCCUUGUGAUGAACGCGGCUGCCAGCGCCGCCGCCAUCAGCAUCGCCGGGGUGGCCGCGGAGCCCACGAGCACCACCAUCGCCGAGCAGCCAGCGCCCAACGGGGCGCCCGCCGAGGCGCCCGCGGACAGGCACUUGGACGAGACCAUCCUCCGCCUGGAGCAGGAGAUCUCACUGCUUAAACGCCAGACUGGAGAGCCUGACCCGGACCAUAAGUUCAUUGAGGGUCUCAUCGAGAGGCUCAAGGACGUCCGCGUGCAGAAGGGUGGUAAAGCCCAGGAAAGAGGCGCCAACGAGGUCAGAGUGCCUCCACUGGCUGCACCCGGUGAGCCGCCAAAAGAGGCGCCCAAGGCGGCACCCAAGGAGGCACCCAAGGAGGCGCCCAAGGAGGCGCCCAAGGAGGUGCCCAAGGAGACGUUGAAGGAGCUGCCCAAGAAGGAAUCCAAGGAGACACCCAAGGAGACGCCCAAGGAGACGCCCAAGGAGCUGCCUAAGAAGGCAUCCAAGGAGACGACCAAGGAGGCGCCCAAGAAGGCAUCCAAGGAGACGACGAAGGGAGUGCACAAGGGGACAUCUAAGGAUGCAUUCAUGGAGGCGACCAAAGGAACUACUAGUGAACCAGCCAAGCAAGCGUCCAAAGAGGCGUCUCAGGAGGACACUGUCGUCCACGGCAAGCUCCGCAUCGAGCAGACGGGCGUCCCGGCGCUGGAGCGUCGAUCGAGCCGGCAUCACAGGUCGGAGCGCAAGAGCCACAUCUCGGUGCAAGAAGCCAAGGGUCCCCAGAUCACCCUGGCUAAGGAGGAGAAGAGGACCGCCCAGACAGCAGCGCAGAGCACCGCAGCACCGCGCCGCCCCGAGCGCCUCCAGCGCACCGUCGUGGUGACGAAGGCGCCGCUGGCGCUACGCCCCGUCGUCUCUCGCGUGCCCGUGCCAACGCGGGCCAUUCUCUUGGGGGACAGCGUGGACUUGUUGCAGGGAGUCAUCGACGUGCCGGAGAGCGAGAAGCAGGCCCUGAGCCUGUACGCCAAGCGCAUUCAGAAUGCCAUUGCGGCGGAGAAGGCGCUGCCCCCGCCAGCUGCGGAGGAUGGCGAUGAAGACGAGUCCGACGAAUCGGAGGCGGACAGCCUGGAGAACAACGUGAGCACUAGGGAGGAGCUGGUGCGCCAGGUCACCGUCGUGGAGGUGCGGAGGAAGAAGUCGGACCCCGCGGAGCCCAAGGAGGCCGACGUCGCCAUCGCAACCGUACCCACCCCGAGCACGAAGAGCACGGUGACAGCGCGGCCUCUGCAGAGCGUCGCCAAGCAGCUUCCGCAGCCUCAGUUAGUCAAGCAGAAGAGUCAGCAGAACGGCGCGAGCUCGUCGAAGAAGGCCCAGCAAUCCGAGAAAGGCCCCAAGCAGGCUGUGCCGCCACCAGCGCGUCAGCAGUCUAAGGCCGCGACACAGCCACAACCGCCCCUAGCUACUCCGUCCCUGAAGGAACAGCCGCAGAAACAUCAACAACAAAGCCAGGGCGCUAAAGAGCUUGACCCCCAGCCGAAACAGCAGCCCGCAACGCAGGCAAAACAAUUGCCCAGCAAACUGCCGCAGCCCCAGGCCAGGGCCUCCCUCCAGACGCCUCCCAAACAGCAGGCUCAACUUGCAGUCCAACAGCAACAGGAGAAGAUCGCGAAGCCUGGAUCAGAGAAGCAGGGAGCCUCACAAACUGCACCGCCAGAGAAGCAAUCUGCAUCGCUGGACAACAGAAAGGCUCUAGAACAGCAAAAAUCUGCACCGGUAGAAAUCAAGAAUUCCCAGAGGCCAAAGUCCGAGUCUGGGGAACAGAACAAGCAUCUGGCGCCCGAACAGCCGCCCUCACAAAACGGCCAGGUGGAGAAGACUCCCGCCACCAAUGUGGAAGUCCCGAGGACCCAUGUGGCAGAGGACGAGGACUCCGACGAAUACGAAACGGAGGAGGAGUACGAGGAUGAGGACGAUGAAGAGGAUGCGAGCGAGGAGGAGGAAGAAGAAGACGGAGAAGAGGAAGGCGAUGAGGAGGAUGAGGAAGAUGAGUCGGACGAUGAAGAGCUGAAAACGGCGUGGGACAGCGUCGAUGACAGCGCCCCGAAGGAGAGGACGGCCACGGUAGAGAUCGUCCCCAUGAUCAAGGAGCUGAUCGUGCCCAAGCCCCCGGCGGAGAUCCCCAAGGAGGUGAAGGAGCGGCUGGAGCGAGAGCGGGAGGCGCGCCGCUUCCUCGCCGAGGGUCUGGUCGCCUCGUACGACGAGGCCGAGCUGGCGGCGCAGCUGCUGCAGAUGCAGUUCUCGCGUGAGGACGCGCUGGGCGCCGCCACCGAGUGCACCACGCUGCAGCAGGCGCUCGCCUUCCUGCAGCAGGAGUGCGAGCUCUGCACCGGCAAGUACCCCAUGAAGCAGAUGGUGUCCAUGCUCAAGUGCGUCCACCGCUGCUGCCGAGACUGCGCCAAGAACUACUUCACGGUGCAGGUGACGGAUCGCAGCAUCGCGGACGCCAACUGUCCGUUUUGCAAGGAGCCCAGCCUGGACGGAGCCAGCGACGACGACAUCCUCGAGUACUUCAGCAACUUGGACAUCGUGCUAAAGACCAUCCUGGACCCGCCCGUGCACGAGCUGUUCCAGCGGAAACUGAGAGACAGAACGCUCGUUAUGGACCCCAAUUUCCGUUGGUGCGUGAAGUGUGACUCCGGGUUCAUCGCAAAUCCUCGACAGAAGCGCCUAGUGUGUGUUGAAGUGAAGUGUGAGGUGUCUGUGAUCUGUGAGUUGAGAGCAAGGGACCUUUAUUCUUCUUCAGAUCUUUAA